AUGUAUGCGUGUGUGGGUGCGUUCUCGCUUAUGGGGAUUAUAUUCUGCGAGUCAAUUCGGGCAAAAGCCUGCAAUCAAGUAACUGGGAAGUAUAUGGGAGGCGGUAAGAAGUUGCCUCCAACAAAUAAGCUUCAUAUCUACUCUAGGAGAGCCGGACAAGCUACUCAUCCGUUUGGUAAGGCGAAAACGGACAGGCUGCUGGAAGACUUGCUCAUGCAAGCAAGAAGGAUAAGGUACGAUCUCAUCGGCCUGGCCGAGGCGAAAAGACGCCACCCAUUCAACGCCGUCUAUGACACCGGAGAAGAACUAUUCCUCGGAACAUGCGACAAUGCCGUUGUCGAUAACAUCGACGAGGAAUACAACCAGUUCAUUCAACAUGUUCACGUUAGCGCUAUGAAAGCCGAGAGCUCGAAAGUCCCAAAAAGGCGUCUGUCUCCAGAAAUUCUCGAGCUCAUACGCCAGUGUGGAAUCGCACGAGCUGCAGGCUGCCGCGAACUAACGUCCGAACUUGCAAAACAAUGCAGACAGGCGAUAAAAGAAGAUCUCAAAGAGAGAAGAGCAGCAGUGAAAGUCAAAGCUCCAGAGAUACUAAGAAAACCAGAAAGAUAUCAAUGUGUGGUGAUAGAUGUAGUAGGAAAUGGUGAACGUACCGGCGUGCAGAAUUUGCUUGGUGGUGGUGGAGGUGGUGGUGGUGGUGGUGGCGGUGGACAGGGUGGCGGCGGUAGGCAGAGAUUGGGUAACGCAAUGGGUGGCAACGUUGGCAGAGGACAUCCACAUCCUGUAUAG